GACACAGACAAGACAGUGAGACACAGACAAGACAGUGAGACACAGACAAGACAGUGAGACACAUAUGAGACAGUGAGAGGCUGUACUAGUGACAAGACACUGAGGCUUGUACCAUGGAGAACAAAUCGUCUCAGGCAAUUGUGCAGCUGUUGACGAAACUCAACAAAGUGUCUGUGGAAGAUGCGUUACGAAGAGGCUGCCUUCCUUUCUACAUCAGCAACAAGCAAGUAGGGCUCAUCAGACCAGACUUCUGGCAACACCUUCAGGCUUUUGAUCAAGUUUUUACCAAAGUUGACGCCCAAGGUACAAAGACGGGAGACUUGAAGUCUGGAGUUCACAUCUCGUCCAAUCUCACGACUCCCGCAGAGCGGACCAAGGCUGUCAACGACGUCCUUGAGAAGCUGAGGAAAGACGACGUGAUCGGAGCUCUCCGAGGCUGGAGACAUGAAGUUUGUUUGGCUUUAUCCAGUACGGAGUGCACAUAAACGGAUACACGAGGGACAAAGACGGAGAGCGGAUGAUGUGGAUUGGUCGCCGGUCCAAAACCAAACAGACGUUCCCAGACAUGUACGACAAUAUG